CUCCUUUUUUCUUCCAUACGAUCGCGAUCGAACGUUUUGUCUGCCGGACGUGUUGUUUCUUAAAGACGCAAAUCGGGCACUAGUCCAAUUCGCUCCUGAUCCGCAGCGAGCCAUGGAGAACGACGAGGGUCGAGGCGGUGAUUCGCCUUCCCGGCCAUCAGAUCUGUCCAGAGGCGCUCCCACCACCCCGCGGCUCCCCGGUGCUUCGACUGCUGCUUCCCCAGGGAGCCACCCGGCAAGCUGCCCGAUGGACAGGCUUGAUCCCGAUUCGUCGACAAACCUGCUCGGGUUCCUCGACUGGCGAGGCCUCAGCCGGCUGAAUGAGGUGAACCGUCACUGGAAUGGCGCGACGUCAGCCGAGGACAACCGGCUGUGGCAGCAGGCCUAUGAAGCCUUGGUGACGCUCGAGGAGGACGAGAGGGAUGGCGGAGAGGGGGGAGGGUUGACGCCCCUCAUCGACCGACCCUUCGGGUGGGGACAGAAAGAAAGGGCUUGCCAAUGGGUGAUGGUCUAUUGCAUCAUGGUGUCUGUCUGUUUUGUUUGUGUGUGUGUGUGUGGAUGUGCCAGGGAUGCGGCGGUGGGGUGGCGCAUUAGUGUGUACGACGAGUACAGCGGCAGGUGGAACGAGGGGGAGGUCCGGGCCUUCACCCAAGCCGAAGGUUUGUUCCGUGUGCAGUUUGACGAUGGCAGGCUGGAAUGGGAGUCAGAACAGGUACACACCUACACCCCACACCACACGCAGGAGGGAGGGAGGCAGGCAGGGAGGGAGCAUCAUCCAUCAUACACACACCCAAACACAUCUUUCUCGUUAUUUGGUUUCUCUCUGUGUGUCAGCGUCGCGGCGAUCGUUGGCAUAAUUCAGGCAAGAGUCGCAUCUUCUGGCUCGCCCCGCCAGGCAUCAUCCCCCAGCAGCCCCCCCCACCCACACCACCCUCACCACUCAUGCCGGUGCCGACAGGAAUCCCACUGCAGGUGGGUGGAGGCGAUGAAGACCAAGAUAAUGCCCCCGAGCAGGAUGAGGAUGACAAUGAGAAUGACAACGAUCUCCUGCUCGAUGAUGCGGAGUUCCCAUUGCCGGCGCCGGCAGCGGCAGCGGCCGCUGCUUCUUCUUCUGCGGCGGCUGGUGUCGGUGUCGGUGGCUCUGAUGGCAGGAACGAUGCUGACGAUGAGAUAGAUCUGGAGCUGACGGUGGAUGGGCGGUGGAUCGGCCAGAACCCCCUCCGCGCCCGUGAGCCGCCACAGACACACCCCGAAGACCGGCCCGUGAGGCAAGAGAGCAGCCAGAGCAGGGGGCCGCACCGACCCCCGCCCAUCCCAUUCCCCCUACCGGCACGCAGCGCGUCAGCUCCGCCACCUGACGAGCCACGUGACGAGCCGUCAUCGAGUGAAGACGAGAACGAUGCCGCCGACCGCCCGCCCUCUGCACGGCCGCCGCGUGUGGACCCAUACCAGCCAACGCCUAGGCAGGGAUCGGCGGAUCAGGUAGACGGGGAUGCGUCGCCCUACCUGCGGGCAGACGAGCACCGUCGUAGGAUGAACCGGCAGCGGCUGCAGGAGUACGUGAGGCGGCCGACGGGCAGGGACGGUGGGCGGGGGCGUCUGUUGCCACCCCUCAAGUUUGUGCGGUGGCGUGACGAGGUGCGGCAGAAUGUCACCUAUGUGCCGACAGAUCUCGUGAUCGCAAUCCACCAUCACGGAGAUGAGGUGAGCAAGGGAGGGAGGGGGAGGGUUGCUGGCAGGGAAGUAGGACAAUGGGUGCGUGUUUCUUGAUGUCAGGUCUUGUAUUGCUGCUUCUCGCACAACGGGCGUCUUCUUGCGUCGUGCUCGCGGGACGGAACGACCCUCAUCUACAGGUGGGUGAGGCAGUCCGCCAGCCGUCGACCAGGAGUGAGUCGGUCACUAAUCUCAUCUGCUCUCCCUCUCCGCCCACUGAUGUAUUGUAUGCAGAGUGAGCGACAUCUUUAACUACGUCCAGGGCACCUCAUCGCGCCCCGCCAUCCCAUCGCCACCCCCACCCCCACCGCACAAGCCCUUUGCACGCAGCAGCUUCUUGCCCUCGCCGUUGCGCGGUGGGCAGCCCCACCCGAGGCUGCCCCGAAACCCGCGGCCCGUCAGGCGCUUCAUCCACAGCAACACCCCCUGUCGCUGCGUGUGGUCGCCCGACGACCGUUAUCUGCUCGUCUGCACCGAGGUAGGUGAGAUGGAAUGGCGGGUGGGGGGGAGGAGAAGGCGCGUAACUGUUGGUUGUGUGGUCCUUUGGCGGAUAUCUGUGUAAGGCCACGAUGGGCGACUCGUUCGGCAGCCCGUCGAAGGCGGAGCUGUGGGACGUUAGGCGCAGGUGAGAGGAGGGUCGGGUGGAGAGAGGCUGUUCACCUGCCCCUCUCUCCGUCGUGUCGUGUUCUUCUGCGUGUGUUGCAGCGAGUGUGUGAUCAAGACGGUGUGCAGCCCUUUCGAUGUCUAUGCAGUGUGGCUGUCCGGCGGGGGCCUAUCGAGCGGCCCUACUGCCGGCCCUGCCAGUAGUCCCGGUCCGUCUCCGUCUGGUCCUUCUGGUGGCGGUGGUGGGAGUGGGGGUGGUAGUGUGCCGUCGUAUCGCUUCAUGGCUACGGAGUCGGCCUCCUAUGACUUCGCGCAGGACCGAUGGAAGCAGGUCAGCAGGGGAGGGACACACAUUGACGAGAGACACACACACAUUUUGUUUGUGUUGUCUGUCUGUCUGUCUGUCUGUUUCCCGGUCUGCAGACGCUGGCCGUGAGUGACGUGAGGGGCCGUGUGCAUCGCAGGCUGACCCUGCGGAUGGAGGCCAUGAGCUACGCCAGGUCGGUACAGUCAGUACCCACACACAAAACAACACACCACCACACAGCUCGGGAGCAAGGCGGGUCUUUCUGUCUCGUGUGUGUCUGUGGUGUGGGUGUGUUGACCCACACAGCAGGAACAUAGAGGUGGAGGGCAAUGACCAUUUCGUGGCCUUCGUCGCGGGCUCGAAUUGCCACCUCAGCGACCUCAUCUGCCUCAUGCCCCUCAACAACGGUCAGCCAGCCAGCCAGCCACCACACCCACACACAUACGUUUCCAUCCAUCCAUCCAUCCAUCAGGUGAGGGUGGGUGGGAGUCCUCCGAGGUCUAUCGCACCGCCGCGGCACGGUCACGUGCAUGGCUCAAGGAGCGAGCAGCACAACCACCACAACCACAGCAGCAGCCACAACAGCAGCAGCUCCUGCCGGUCCCUCCAGGCGGCGACCCUCAGCCGCCCCCCACCCCACCCCCGACACAAGAGCAGGAGCAUGCAGGCCUGGCGCGUGUGCUGCGCGAGAGCGGCAAUGACGGGGUCAGAGACAGCCGUUGCAGGGGCGAGGGGAACGUUUACGUCGCCGACAUCAGAGUGCAGGUGACAAGAGCACAAACGACACAACCACCCCACUGAGAGAUAAGGAGAGGACAUGUAAUGUGUUGUGUUGUGUGGGCGCAGGAUGAUCGUUACCGCUUCUCAUACCAGCGUGCGCCGACCCGCUCUCUCCGGGGCCGCAGCCUACUCCGGGGCGCCACAGACGAUGAAAUACGGAUGCCUCCCCGCCCGCCGUCGCAUCGCGCCCUCACCGACCACCAGGAGCCACCACCCACAGAUGUGCGUGAAGGCCUCACCAGGCUGCGGCCACGCUUCCCCUCGUCCAUCGUCCGCACCAUCAAGCGACGCAGGAGCCAGCAAGCUACCAAGGAUGCCGCUGAGGCCUCGGCUGGCCCAUCGCUGAGGCCUCGGUCCGGCGUUUUGUCCUUGCUGCGUCGCCACAGGCGUCGUGAAGACGGAGACAGGGACGGUGAGCACGAUGACGACCAUAUGAGAGACGACCACCCCCCCUCACCCCCUGCAGCACCAGCAGCAGCAGCGGCAGCAGCACGGCCCUCCGUGUGUGACGACGACCGUCUGAGUCUGGCGUCGAUCGAUUCGGACUGGGCGGCCCAUUGCCAGGCGCCCGAUGACGAGGAGGAGUCGGAGGACAACGACGGCGUCUUCGGCAUGCAUCUCCCGACACCCCCACCACUCGGGCAUCCACACGCACUGCCCGGCCCUCACCGGGCCACUGGCAGUGGCAGGGACGACGAUCGCAUGGCUGUGGACGAAGGAGAGGGGGAGGGGGAGGACCAUGGUGGGGGGCCGUUAGUGGAGAGCGUGUCUGUGGAGAGCACCAACGACUGGCGGCCGCUGGUGGUCAUCGAUGCGAGGGCGGGAGUGCUCACACUGCGGGUCACACAAGGUGACAAAAUCAAGACCUGAAUGGACGGAGGGAUGGAAAGGCCGUGUGCUUCGGUGGGGUGUGUGUGUGCGUGUGUGCAGAUGGCCAGUUCCUGUUGGUCAACUGUCGUCCGUUUGAGGGCAGUCAGUACCUGCGGCUGCGGCUGCUGGACCGGCUGUCGGCGGUGCGGCAGCCGAAGCCCGACCUCAAGUCAGCCAUGGAGGUGCACAUCUACCAUAUACCCACACUCACAAAGGUGAGUGACGUGAGGAGGGGAACGCACCGACACCGACACACCCUCACACAAGCUCGAGAGAGAUGUUAGUUGUCGUAAUACGUAUCAGGUAGCUGUGCUGAAGGGUCACGUGGCGUUCACCACCAAGGCGUGCCCCUUCCUCAUCAACCUCAUGGAGGGCGGGCCCGGACCAGACCUGCCCUUCCCACCCAUACACCACACACGCGACACUCACGACCACCCCGCACCCAAACCAACACCAUCAUCGCCACCACCCGCAGCAGCAGCAGCAGCAGCAGCGGCGGCUCCCUCAUCGUCUGCGCGUGAUGCAGACGCAAUGAUGGACCAGGACGAGCCGUCAGACGGGCAGGAGCCCUCUUCAUCCUGUGUUGAGGGUGCGAGGCGGCCGGCAGGGGUGUGUGGCCAACAGCAGCCGCCAUGGCGGUGUUACGACUUCGUGGCGAGUGGCAGUGAGGAUCACCGGGUGUACGUGUGGCACAUGCGGCACCAGCGGCUGGUGAGCAUCCUCGCCAACGGACACACCGACGUCGUCAACAGUGGUCAGCAAACAUCACACGGGGGGAUCAAUGAGUGCGGCUGGAAGAGUCUGUAUCUAUCUGUGUGUGUGUGUGUGUGUGCAGUGAGCUGGAAUUCUGGUGUGCCGGGCCUGCUGGCGUCGUGUGGCGACGAGGGCCAUGUGUGUCUGUGGUCACCCAGGCGCCUCAAGCACCACAUCAUUAGACAUGGCGCCAGUGCGCUGCCUUGGCGGAGAAACACAGCGGACCUGCCCGUGGCCAGGCGAGAGCAGUAGGUGUGUGAAUGCAG